AGAACGCCCAGCACCUGCUCAAGAUCAUCUACAAAAGUGCAAGGCUCCGGCCGCACCAUGGCGGCGCUCUCGUUCGGGCACAACACUCACCCUUUUGUGGCGCUUGUUGUUUGCCUACUCUACUCAACGUUCUUGACCACUAUCCUGAACAACACGCAUUGGAUCUCCUUCGUUCGCGCGCAGCAGAACGGAACCUGUUUCGACCUCGGCUACCCGAAGGACUACGUGAAAUACAGCGACAAUGUCUGCCGCUCCCGCAUCCUAACCGACCUGAUCUCAGACCCGGCAGACCCCCUGGGAUGUCGCAACUUUGGCGAGCAG